AAAAUAUCGAGCACUGCCAGAACGAUUCAACUUUUAUCUAAGAAACGUUGAGAUUGCAUCAUAUCCUCUAAGACCAGAAUUUAUAGAAUUGACUUAUUUUCUUUACAAAGCAACGAAAGAUUCAUUUUAUCUUCAUGUUGGUGAGAUGGUUCUUGAAGAUUUACAAUUAUACGCUCGUGUAGAAUGUGGCUUUGCAUCUGUCAAAGGUGUUCUCACAAAGAAGUUAGAAGUCGUAUGGAAAGCUUUACGCUUA